GGACGUUGCUAAGGCAGCGGAUAAAUACUAUUUUGCAAAAGAUGUCGGUGUGAAAAAUUAAAAAUGACGUAUUUAUUAUUACUUUUCUUGCUAAAAUUGUGUAUUGUCUCUACUUUUGAUCCGUCUACUGUGAACUAUUGCGAGGACAAAUGCCCGGGGGCAGCGGGGGUAGAACAUACAGCGUGCAAAUGUGUACAUGAACCACCUCGAAAAAUAGAUGAGGAAAACCUGGCGGACUUUCGCAAAUUAAUUGUCGAUGUUCAUAACGAACUCAGAAACAAAGUAGCAUCUGGUGGGGAAGCAGAAACCAACGAAUUUAUCAAAGGAGCUUCUAAUAUGAGGGUUAUGAAUUAUGAUCUAGAGCUGGAGUACAUCGCAAAGUGUCUGGCUUUCAAAUUUAAGGAAAAUCAUGACCGAUGCAGAGAUAAACACAAAGGUAACAUGGCGGGUCAGAAUUUAGCUGGAAGUAGCAGAAAUAGAGAAGAUAUCCGGUCCUUGCUAAUGAGCUGGUACGAUGAAUUUAAAGAGGUGAACAGUGAUGAUGCUAUAGAUAAUUAUGGUGGUGGACUGCCGAUUGGGCAUUUCACACAAAUGGUUUGGGCGGAGGCUGAUCUUGUAGGAUGUUCUAGAGUCUGGAACCCCAAAACACCUACCCAGGCUUUCUAUUACACACUUAUAUGUAACUACGCAAGCACGACUGGGCCUGGAGGCAAUCUAAUUGGGACUCCGGUGUACAUGAAAGGUGAUGCAUGUAGUGCUUGUCCUGGUGAUCUUAAAUGUGAAACUGAAAAAUAUUCUGCUUUGUGUGGUAAACUUUUGGCUGUACCUACUGCCGCUAUAGGAGCUCCAGCAGCUGGAAUAGCCAGCCAAGCUUCGAUCAGCCCGUUUGUACUAAUUAUUGCCCCCUUUAUAUAUAUUGUAUUUUAUUAAAAUUUGCAAUAAAAGUUUCCUUAAAAAUUUA